UGUUCUUUACUCCACAGUUCGAGAAAUUCGAACAAGUAAGCAACAACGGUGAACGCAUAGAAGAUUUCUGAAGUUAUUUUAAACUUGUGAGGAAUCUUUCGGUUUCGUUAAGUGGAAAUGCCCAACCGAUUAGCCAGUUUUUUGUGCACACUGGCAUUGCUAUGCAUCUCGCCAGCCUUCGGAUACCCAACCGGUGCUCCAGAGAGCUCCUGUGUCGACAUGACCCCAGGCCAUGGUGGUAACGUUGCUCAGGAAUUUCCUUCGCCUUACGUGAUCAACCUGUCUAAACAGGAACUUCGUGCCGGCGAAACACUCACGAUCACUGUUAACGGUUACACUGAUGAGGAUAUCGUUAAGGGUCUACUCUGCCAAGUGCGCGUAGGAGAAACACCGGUUGGUUCCUUCGACGUUCCUGCGGACGACGAACACCUCAAGGUGUUAGACUGCAACAAUUCCAAGGCUUCCGCUAUUACACACAGAAAGGCUGAUGCAUCCAACGUUGUCUCGUUCAACUGGAUUGCCCCGCAAGGACUCAAGGAUCAGGCACGUGUGUUCUGCACGAUUGUGAAGAGCUUCAGUGUAUUCUGGGUGAAACAGCCUUCCGCCUCGUUGACUUUGUACUGAACAGCCGCUGGGUCCAACAAACAAACAAGUGGUUAUGCCGCAACAAGAGAAACAUAUAUCGAGGAGAUGCUAUUUUUAUCGAUCAUAUUCCAAAAUAUUCACACGUUAAGGAUGAAAAAAUGAAUUCAUGAAUAAAAACUGAUUUCGGUUUUUUUAAUUUCGGAAUGG